CAAACCCAGCCACUGCUCUCUUAUAUCUACCUCUUCCACCAAUUCCACAGUAUUGAAAUCCAACAAACACAAACACAAACACGAUAUAAACACGAAAAUUAUUACACACCUUACCAAUUACUAAUUACCAAUGAACAAAUAAGCGUCAAUUAAUUAUUUGAUUUUCCUCGCAUCCCGGAACUACAGCUUACAAUGGCUGCUCCAGUCGCCAUGAUGGAUGUUGCUCCCGAGGCGUCUUCACCAAUCCAUUCGAAGACGACCUUGCCACUAUCCGACCUCGCGAGCGAAGCACAAUCGAGCGAUGACGACUCUGAAGGGGGAGUGGUGGUUAAACCGCGUGCCCGUGGACGACUUGCAGGAAGAAUGCUCGAUUCACGGGACGCCGAAGAACACGAAGUCACAGCAAUGAGCGACAGCGAUGUCGAACAGGGGAAGGAUAUGGAAAAGGCGAAAGCAGAAAGGAGGAGGAGAUUCUUGGGUAUAACAUCAUCGGGCGAAGAUGAUGCAGCAGCUGAGUCGGAGGCAGAGAACGACGAUAAUACAAGCAACGCUGGCGAUCAGGGCAUGACUGCAAGGGAGAGGAUGCUAAAGUCUCUGAUGACUGAGAAAAAACCAGCACAGGAGGAACAAACCACAAACCAGGCGGAUGCAAGUGACGACGAGGAUAUUGUCGUUCCAUCCCGGUCGAAUCAUCGGAUACGGCAAAGAAGUUCGCCCAGGCCGAGCCCUCCCAGGUCGCUAGACUCUGGUCGCGGCGGCCUCUUCGUAUCGCCAUCGCCCAGUCCCAAGAAGACUAGAAGCCCACCACCAGCGGAUUCCGACUCGGAGGACUUGCCUGUGGACCUAUCUGCGGUAACUUCGACCGACCGCUUCAAGGCGCUUCUUGAGACGAAACGACAGGAACGCGCCGCAAAAGAUGCUGCCGAUUUGGCAUGGAGGAAGGCCGCCGCUGAACAACAGGCACUGCUUGAGGACGACGACUUGGUUGGUAGCGAUGAUGAAGGAGGACAGCGAUUGACACAACAAGUUCGACCAACGAGAAAAGCUAGCAAGAAAGCUGUCGAAGAGAUACACCGAGAGACACAACGCAUGGCAAGGAACAUGCAAUUGGCCCACCAAGCAAAGACAAAAAAGAAGAUCACAAAGUCGAGUCUUUUCGCGAGAUUUAACUACAAGCCAGAAGGGUUUGUGGAAGAACCAGCAACAUCUAGCUCGCCGCAGCAAUCCGAUGCUGAGAUGCAUGAAACACCACCUACUUCUCCACUAUCUCCAAGCCUCACAGCUCAUAAAUCCGCACCCCCAGCCGAACUAUCAACUGUCUCGUUGCCUACAGGUUCGCUAUCUGAGGAUGAGGAGGCCCCACUCCCUACAGUGGAAGAUAUGAUUUCUUCGCAUGUCGCAUCGUCACCCUCAAGCCGCAGGCUCGACAACGGAAAAGGCAAGGCCAUCCGACGAUCCCCUACUCCAACAGAAUCGGCUCCCCAAAUUCAACCUGUCACCACCCAGCCGAAAGCACCAAAGUUCUCGACUGCCAACGUAAGCUUUGGCGGUGACUCUGGUUCCGAUGACGAUUUAGAAAUCAUUCCAUCGAAACCCCAGCUCGCAUGGAAAUACAGAUCCAAGAAAGACCUGGAUUCCAUUUUCGACCGAGCCCCAGUUCACAAGGCCCGGGAAUCCAAUGGUCUUCAUGCACUUAGAAUGCUGGCACAUAUCUCUCCGCCACCGAAGAAUCGGAACAAGAAGAAUGCGAAGCCAUCUAUCAGCAAUUCUGCGCUACAAGCAUCUUUGCAGCAGCGUGCCCGACAGCAAGCAACCCGCGAAAGAGAGGAGCGGCUGCAGGCACUCCGUGAUAGGGGUAUCAUUGUUCAAACAGCAGAAGAGAGAGCGCAAGAGCUUGAGGAUGUGGAGGACAUGAUUACAAAAGCUCGCAGAGAAGGCGAGGAGAUCGCAAAGGGGGAAAAGGCUGCUGCGAAGAAGCACAGGAAAGACAACGGCGAAGUUGACCCACUUGAUAUGGAUGAUAGUGAUGACGAGGAAUGGCAAGAAGAGGCAGAGAGGUUCUCUCAACAGCUAUCUGCCUCUGGCUCAGAAGACGAAGCCGAUGACGAGGAAGAGCACAGUGGCUCGGAAGACGAGGAGAUGGAGGAUGCGAAUAUGGACGAAGCAACCAGGCCUAAUGCCUUGGUUGAUGAUGAAGCAUCUGAAGAUGAGGACGAGAAAGAAGAGGAAGAAGUCGAAGCGAGCGGUCUCAUUAAUGACGAAGAUGAGGAAGAUGCACCAAACGCAGUCGCUCGGAGAAGAACUAAGAACACAAACGUUAUCUCAGACGACGAAGACGAUGUAUCGGUUCCACAGUCGCCUGCACUGGCACCGAUGAACACCCCUGGGCCAAAGGCAACUGCUACAACAUCCCCUGCCGCGCCUAUGUCUGUUCUCCGCUCGGCAACGAAGACAUUCAUUCCAGGUAUCACUGUGGCAGGCCCAGCCGGCCUUGGUUUGACGCAAAUCUUUGCUGGGACCAUGGACACCCAGCCAGAUUUCGAUGCUACGCCUAUGGAGUCACCAUCUCAACGCCUGGACUCCCAGCAGGACUCUCUUGCUUUCCUUCGCAACCUUCCCCCUCCUGAAUUCCCCGGAUUCACUCCUACUAUGGAUGACGAGUCUCAAGGCAUCGUCAAGAGCAGCCAAGUACAAAUUGACCAAGUCGCUGCGACGCAGGCAACUCAGGCUGAGACUCAAGGAAUCCAACUCGACUUCUCUCAGUCGCAAAUUCACGGCUUCGAUAGCUUAGUUCAGCAAACCCCAAGCAAGCAUUCCGAAUUUCCGGAGCCAACUCAAGACGAAGGCUUCAAGUUCAUGUCGCCGAUCAUGGGCCGUUAUACGGAGCCUCCUAUGUCCACUGUCGACACGGUUAUGAUUGGAGGAACUCCAGCACCAGACCAAACCGAGGACAUUGUUAUGGAGUCACCCAUCAUGAAGAGAAAGGGCAAGCUUCAACGCAGAGUCCAAGCUCCUGUCCUGUCAGACGACGAGGAAGCGGAACCAGUCGACGACUUCGAGGUCUCCAAUAUCUUCGAAACCAUGCGCAAAGCUUCCAAAAAAUCUAAGACGGCUCCUAUCGCCGACUUUGACAAGAAAAAGUCCGCUGCCAAGGAAAUGGUCGAAGACCAGGCUUCCGAAUCCGAAGACGAAUAUGCUGGUCUCGGUGGUGCAUCUGACGACGAGUCAGAAGGCGAAGACGAGGCUGUGCAGGCCAUGAUCGACGACGAGCAGCGCGAACACUUCGAUGAGACGAAGCUGGCCGCUUUCUACGCGGACCGCGAGCGUGCCGCAGAUGAGCAACAGGUCAACAAGCUCUUCAAGGACAUCACAUCUGGCAUGUUGAGGAAGAAGCGAGGCGCCGACUACGAUCUCAGCGACUCCGAUGACGACGGAGAAGCGAGACGCCGCAUGAAGCGUCGCGAGUUCGCGAAGAUGCGAAAGGCCCUCCUCGAAGACGAGCAAAUCGGCAAGAUCGCUGAGAACCCCAAGCGAGCCGCCUUCCUCCGAGCAAUCGAGGAUCGUGGUGAUGAUCAAGACAUGAUUUUCCUCGACGACGAGAUCGUGGACGCCGAGAACGCUGCGUCGUCCCAGCCCAUCGUCGACGACGAGGACAGCCAGGACGCAACAGUCGUGCCCAACAGCCAACCCGACGCUGCCCCAGGCGCCCUCAAACGCAAAGCCACCACAGAGCCCCAAGCACGUCUACCACCCAACCUCCGCCGCACCAAGGCCCUGGCCUCCAAGCGUCCAACCAGCCUCUCGGAGAUCCGCGCCUCAGUGUCAAGUCUUAUCGAUGACCCGAACGCGAUGCACGCUCCCGCCGAGGACAGCGACUCUGACAUCGAGAUCGAAGGCACGGAGUCCACUGACAGCGGCAAGGGGAAGGAGAACCACGACCCCUUCGCACGGCGCCACAGCGGCGCCACAGUCGUGGACCGCAUGUCGCUCAAGCGCCAGUCCAGCACCGAGAUGUCAUCUGCAACGCGCCUAGCUUUUGCGGCCUCCUCAGCCACGGCUGGGUUUAAAGUUCCGCCGCUUCUAAGGCGCGCGACGACGAAUAGCUCUGCUGCGUCAUCGACGGGGAGUUUUGGUGGGGGCCCUGCGGGGGAUAGUAAGGCGGCGCCGAAGAAGGGGAAGGGGGUUGCGUUUUUUACGAGGGAGGAGGAGAGGACGAAGGAUAUUAGGGAGGGGGAGAGGAAGAGGCAGGAGAGGUUUUUGAAGGGGGUUGAGGGGAGGAGGAAGGCUGUUGGGGGGUUGUUUGGGAGGGGGAGUUUUGCUUGA